AUGACUUCUUCCGAUUCAUACAACAUUAUGGCAUCCACCACUUCAGAAGAGGUUGUCACAACACCAGCAACGAGUGCUACACCCUUUGAUAGACCGACGUGGGAAGGCAGGCCCGCCUUCCAGGACUCCGCGAAUCUCAAUCCUACCCACUCGGAGGACUACGCAGACAUAGGCGAUAACUGGGGCAUUUCUGACCCGUUCGUCAUAGAUCACUGCUCCUCGUCAACUCCUGGGAACACACAAUCCGGGUUCAAGUUCGAAAGCUCAUGGGGCACUGGCCCGCCUGUAGAAAUCCCCAUCUACAACACCCACUUCACGGUCCUUUCCAGCAUGGACCAGCGAUCAGGAAGAACUCACUACCUCCUCUUGAGCAACCGUGGUUUUCUCUUCCACGGCCACCAUCCCACCGUGGAGUGGAAAGCACUGCAAACGCUUCAUGGCGACGGAGCGGAAUUCGCAUGCCUGCCCAUGCACGUCGUGCCUGCGAGCUACCUGUUCCCGGCGCACCAACCGUGGAUGCAAAAAUUCGCGGGAGACGAAGAAGAUGCGGAUGUGUUUGUGAAAAGCCAAGCAUUUCUCGCUCGGGAGAGAUACAGAAGCGACCACCACGCUCGCGCGACGUACCAAGAGGUUUCGCGGUGCGAGGUGAUUGCUCAGUCGCCGCAUUCAAAUCUGGCGCGGUAUUUGGGCGUGCAGACGAAGAUGUUUGGGGAAGAGGAAAGAGUGGUUAGUAUCGCGUAUCAGCGGUACAGUAUGGACUUGCAUGAGUUUGUGCUGAUGAAGAGGUUGUUGCUGCCGCGCCAUGUUCCGCUUGUCAUACGAGGUAUCGAGAGGGGAAUGCGGCAUCUUCAUGGACUCGGGUUGAUUCAUUGCGAUCUCCGGCCAAUGAAUGUAUUUGUCACGAUUGGAGAGGAAAAAGGUGAAGACGGGGGUGUUGUUUUGAAGGAGAUUGUUAUUGGGGAUUUCGAUGCGAGUGUGAUGAUUGGAGAGAAGAUAUCCUUAAAGAGGGCGAAUAACGAGUGGUGGCCUCCAGAGAUAGAAUGGGAUGUUAAGGCAGGGGAGUGGGUUGACGAGUGGUGUCUCGAAAAGAUGAAGAAUUGGCUGAAAGAAGGCGCUGGCAUGUGGGAGUGGGCCAGUGCAGCGACUAUUUCACCACCUCCAAACACCACAGGUUGUGUUCCGAUUGCUGUUUUGGAGGGUUCUGCCGCAUUCGCCUCCGCUACCUAUGAUGGUGUGUGGUAA